GGGCAUCAAAAUGCUUAGGAGCAGAAGUCGCCGCACCUGAGGGAAGUGCAGCAGUGCAGACACUGGACAGUGGUAGACAUCCAGACAUCAUUCGCAUUUCCAAACCACAGGGAAGUCAGCUAAGGAGCAGCUGUGUCGCCAGCACACUGAAGAUGUGGACAGAAAAGGGAAAUGCAGUCGGCAGCUGGUUGUUGGCUUUCACAGUUUUUUUGGCAUUGGCUAAAUUCGCUACAACCGAUAAUUGUUUUCCAACCAUAUUCGGAUUUCUAACUCUCAUAUGGAUUCCGCAGGCCUCAGCCGAAUGCCAAACGCGAUCGAUUUACUGCUACGAGUGCGAUUCCUGGACAGAUGCCCGCUGUAAGGAUCCAUUUAACUAUACGGCUCUGCCGAGGGACCAGCCUCCCCUGAUGACCUGCAACGGUUGCUGUGUGAAAAUGGUUCGCCAUCAGAGAUCACCCUACGAGGUGGUGCGCCGCAUGUGUACGUCACAGUUACAGAUCAAUUUAUUCAUGGUCGAUCACGUGUGCAUGAUGGAAAGUUCAGGCAAUGGACAUAUGUGCUUUUGUGAGGAAGAUAUGUGCAAUUCUAGUAAAGAUUUAUACACUCAUGGCCACCAGUUGCAUCUCAUAAUACCCAUCGCAGUGGCAGUGUCCUGGCUAAUGGGUCAAUUGCUCAACAGAUAGAAAGUGUUGUUAGGCUCACACCCAUCCAUAGAUACACACACACACACACACGCCACACACAUACAUACAACUCUCAGAACUCUCGCUCUCCGUCUCUCUAUCUAACUCUCUCUCUCUCUCUCUGUAAACAUUAUUGAUUUGUAGCUUGAAAAUCUUUUACGUUUGAAGCACAGUUUUUCGAUGAACCGAUCUGAGGCCGAAACGAGCAUUGAAUUGAGUAGUUUGAAUAAUAGUUCGAUAAGCACCAUUAGAAAGCUCAAGUAGCCCAGCCCAAAUGCUUCCACAGACAGAGAAGGCUUCCUCUUUUUUUUUGUACACUAAUACACUUGAACAAACACUAACACACGUACACGGUAAGCGAGCUUUGGAUGCACUGCGUCUGCGUGCAACGAGUAGACGUAGAGUCGAACGAGAACGAGAACGAGUUGCGAAUUCUAGUCACAGUACGAGUACUCGUUAUUUGAAUUGCAUGUGUUGUUGAUGCUAAAGCAAGCCUGAAGCAUGUAGCGCUUAAGUAGGAAUUGUAGUUACAUAUUUUACUUUCGUUGUUACUUACAUUUGUAAAUGCCCCGCCCCCCCACACAACCCUCCAGAAGAGGAUCGAUUCACACUUAAAUAUGUUUACAAUGUAAAAAACAUUCAACUAUAUCAUGUGUAUGUAAACUUGGAAUAACUCGGCAUCCAUCUCUUGGUUUGUAAAUACCUCCAACUGCAACUACAAAUCAAACAGCAACUCCAUCUGCAGGAAUGCAGCAACUCCAACUGUUAAGGAAGUGGAAUACAUAUUUGCUCAUCCUGUUUACUCCAAAAGUCAAAGGAGAGAACUUCAUGUUGCAUUACAUUAAGCUUUAAUCGGUUCGACAUCAUAUCAUGGAAAUCGAUAGAUACUUCGGAUUAUCGAUAUCGUAGUGUAGUCUCAUCAUUAGCUUAGCCCCCUCAAACUGUAUAAAGAAAUCAGUCGUCACGUCGCCCGUGCUGCCCUUUGGUUUGUAUUCAACAAGUGAUAAUUAGUUAGUAAGUAGAAGAAUCAACUCCGCAUACCCCGAAUCCCCAAUCCCCAAUCCCCAACCCCCAAUUCCCAACCACAUUACAUAUGAAUUUGAAAGUGACUCAAUUCUCAUUGUCAUGCUAGUGAUAGACUUAAACGAAUCGAAUUAUAUAGCUUAUGAUUUGAGUUUUAAAUUAUGAAUUAAUAUUAUGACUUAUACCUAGUAAUGGUUAUCCUCUCUCUCUCUCGAGCACCCGAUGUACCACUAAUCGACUCGAGCUUUUGUACUAUAUUAAGCGCAUUUGGAUCGUUUUUCAUUUGUAUUAUUGAGAAUUGGCUAAAUAAAUAACAAACAUUUUUACCAUACCAUAACAUCUCUAACUAAAUUUACUCGUAACUCUUAACUCUUAACUCUUAACCUUUCAACAUUAACUUUUAGCUUAGAUCCGUUUAUUAUCUUCCCACUCUCUCUCUCUCUCACACACACUACUGCACUGCUCCCCCAUGCAUUUGUACUAUUUAAUCUUUAACCUGGUACUGGCUUAAGUUGAUUUGAUUGAAACAUGCUUGAAGAAAAUUGCCAAGAAAGUGCAGCUAAAGCAUGUUCAGGUUCUGCAGUUGCAAGGUAAGUCACCAGAAAAGUACAGUUGCGCGCACCAUACACUUAGUUCGCUACUGCCUCUAACUGCCUCUCCCUCUCUCUCUCUAUUAGUCUCGCUCGCUCGCUCGCUCUUGCUGGGAGUCAGAGACGGGCCGCCGUUAUUGGUGCUACACACACCCACACUCCUCUCUCAGUCUCUCUCUCUAUCUCUCUCUCUAUCGAUAUUCCUAUAUCCAUCCCACACUUGGCAAAUACUAUGCAAUUAUCCAACACCAUUUGACUUGGGUUUGAGUUUACCGUUUCAUUUGUUGAAUCUACAAUAUAGUUUAAUGCUUUCAUGUUACGUUGGAUUGUUCGAUGACAAAUACACAAAAUAUACUUAACUAUAAUAUCCACACACACACACACACACACGCAUACAUAUGUACAAUAUCUAAACGAUUUUGGUUUGUGAAUGUUGACAAUAUUCUUGUAACCAGUAUUUGAUUGAAUGAUUGAUUGACGGUUAAUGCGUUUCCAAGUUUAUUAACAAACAAAAAAUACUAUCGAAACAGGCAAUGAAAUCGAUUUGAAAUGAAUUUGCAAUCGAUUUACACCGCAUAAUGGAUUUAGUAGUGCAAAUAAAAAUAAUUUUUGUUUAAUUUAGUACUUUUUGUAGUUCCAAACAUCUAACGCCCACUUUCAGCGCCCACAUUCUCUCUCAAUCUCUCUCUCUCUCUCUAUAAUUCUCUUAUGUAUCUCUGUAAAUCUUUCUAUCUGUUUAACUAACUAUGUAACUCACUCUACUAAUCUUAUGAAUCUUUUACUAACUUUCUAUACAACCGAAACAUAGAAUUCCUCUUCUAGAGACACACACACACACACACACCUGUAGCAUAUACAAAACAGCAGCAAACGAUAAACGAUAAACGAUAACACUCAACGCCAACCCAACACUAGAUAUAUGCACUCGUCAUUUGAUCCGCUCAAAUUGAAAUUAGUCACAAGUGCAUAUAGCCCGGACACACACUGAAAGAAUACACAGAUACAUACAAUAUAUAAAACAGAUACUAAAUCAUUAGCCCAGCCCCACUCUACACUUGAUUGAAAGUGUAGAUCAUAAAUAACAGAAAAAACAUAAACUUUUACUACAUGUAGGCGCGAAAAGAUAUCAAAGCUAUGAAUAUACAAAUAUAGAAAGUCAGCCGUUGAAAGACCCUAAUGUUGUGGGCCAAGCUUCCGAUCCAUAGAUUCCUCACAAUACAAAAAGCACUAAAUUAAUAUCAUAGACGUUUACCAAUAUAUAGCCGCCAAAGCGCUAUAUUUAACUUAACAUUGGUAUUGGUUGUUGAAUAUUGCAAAAAACAGAGAGAAACCAAAAAGGAAAGCCAAAGAGUGACCAAAGAAUCAAAACACAAGCAAAACCAACUCGAGAACAAUCAGCCUUCGCCUUAAUUUGUUUUUAUUUUAGUUUACUUUUUCGUUUCAAUUAUUAUCUCAUUCUCCCGAUGCAUAAUACAUAUAUUUCUAUCGCCUACUGCUUUUUCGUUCGACUUCCAACACGAUUUACGCUUAGUUUUCUAUAAUUUCACCUCAACUCAACUCACCACGAGCCCAGCCCAUCUUCUUCUAUUUCCCCACCACUUCAGUAAUCCUUCACCCACUUCUCACCCACUCUAUUACUCUCUCUCAAUGUCUGUGUAUCAGUCAGUCGAGUCACCAAGCCCCCGCCCGCGCUCAGCCUCCCAUGGAAAUCAAGCUGACAUAGCACCCACAUAUGUUCCACCACCACUUCCACCAUCCAACAGCAGAGAGGUUCUCUCGUCAGGUAACGGCACGCAGGCGCUGCAGUCUGCGACAGAGCGCACUCUUCUAACACUAGAGGACCGCUCUCUCGGAGCUGGAGGGUUCGCCUGCAUGCCCGUUUUAUGGUGCUUUUUCACAUACGACACCACUGUCUGACUUAAAUUUUUUCAUCAUGUACGCCAUCGCAACCAUGCCAGUGGUCGCAAUGGCGCGACAGCCGCUCCACACUUGCCCCUCCACCCCCCUCCAGGGAGGGAUGUGGACAGGCCGAGGUCGGCAUUUGUGGGCGGCAUGCGCGCGUCAUUGCCGAGCACCUGUUUAGAGUUGGCAAGCCCUUUGCCUGUGUGCGCGUAAUGCUAACCGCAUUCGAAAUGCACUUGGCCACAAGCGGCAGAGCCGCAAUAUGUAAUUGUGAACGUCUGUGCGGCAUGGCCACGACGACCGCCUGGCGCCACACACAACCGCCCGAGGAUCAGCGCGGGACGAGCCCAAUCAGCCGGAGAGACGGCACAGAACAGACAGCUUUGGGGGCUUCCAAUGCUUUGGCUUGAACAACACCCCCAAACCCGAAGCUUUAUUUUAUCUAAGCCUCAACUUAACCUCAAUUUAGCCAUUAAAUAUUUACUCAACCCAGCUCAACGGUGCUUCCAGUUCGCUUUCGUUAACCAGUCUAACCAACGCUAACCGUCUCCAUCGAUGGCUUGCCAAGGCGAAGGAGGAGGAGCGAACAGACGGAACAUUUCUCGGUUAAAGUAUUGAGCAUUCUGAAUGUAAAUCGUAUUAAUUAUCCGCUAAAGCUUAAAAAUACUCGUACUUAAAUGCAUACUCGCAGGAAAUUGUUAAAGAUCCAUUUAAGAUUUUAAUGCUAACUGUUAUAGGGAUACGAAUCCAUGAGCACCGUACCAUAAUAUCUCCAACUCAAUCUCAACAAUUGUAUCUAGCCAAUAAAGAUAUUUCAAGUAAACAUUAAAUC